GCUUUCCCGGCGCGUCCUAGAGCGAAUUCGUAAGGAAUUGGCCCGCGAGGGCGUGGCGCCUGCGUCCCGCCCCCGCUCUCCCCGUGAAAGUCCCCGAGCGCGCGCGCCACCCGCCUCUGGGACCAGUUCGCGGUCUUUCUGCUGCUCGGAUUCACAGUCCCAGCCCAAAAUCGAAACAAUGGUUGACCUCACCCAGCUCAUGGAAAAUGAAGUGUUCAUGGCCUUUGCCUCCUAUGCAACGAUUGUUCUUUCAAAAAUGAUGUUCAUGAGUACUGCAACUGCCUUCUACAGAUUGACAAGGAAGGCUUUUGCCAACCCAGAGGACUGCACAGGCUCUGGCAAAGGAGAAAAUGCCAAGAAGUAUCUCCGGACAGAUGACAGAGUGGAACGUGUGCGGAGAGCCCACCUGAAUGACCUUGAAAAUAUCGUGCCAUUUCUUGGCAUCGGCCUUCUGUAUUCCUUGAGUGGUCCAGAUCUCUCUACGGCCCUCCUGCACUUCAGACUGUUUGUUGGGUCACGAAUCUACCACACAAUUGCGUAUUUGACACCCCUUCCCCAGCCAAAUCGGGCUCUGUCUUUCUUCCUUGGGUAUGCAGUUACGAUUUCGAUGGCUUACAGGUUGUUGAGGAGUAAGUUGUACCUGUAACGAGUCAUACAACUCACCAUCCAGUGAUUCUCUAAGAAUUGUGUUCUUCCAAUUUGUAAUGAGUACUUUUGUAGACUUUAAGUGGGAAGGGACCAGAGAAAUUAAGAUGAGGAAAAUCUAGUCUGAAUGUUAGCGUCGCCAGUAUCCUUUAUUCUUGUUCUGUAUUUGCCAUAGAAAUUUAACGCAAUUUGAAACUCUGUCUUAUUUUUAAAGCGCUUUGUUGUAAAUUUUGAUUGUAAUUUGUACCAAUCCUUCAACAUUUCAUAUUUUAAAUCUUUAAAGAGAGUGAGUGCAUAGAUGUUAAACCUAUAUUUCAAUAUUGCUGAAAUGGGCACAUGAAAUAAAGCAUUUAAAGAAUAAUUUCA